UAGCUCUGCAACAUUCAAUGCAAGUAAUAUCUCGUGAUGGAAAGGAGUACUUCUCUAUUCGACGCUCCGAGGUGGGAAACCCUCAUGUAAAAGACCGAAGUGGAGUGUGUUAUAUCAAUGGACAUCGUAUAGAUAAGGUGGCUUACAUUAAGCAUGGAUCGAAAAUUUAUGUUAGUGCAGUAAAAAAAGAAUACAUGUUUGUGGAUUGUUACAUAAGCGACAUGAUGUUGCGACCACUUGGGUUAAAUGGAAGCCAUGCUAUUGGGCAGUUGCUGGGAAAAGGAGGAUUUGGCGAAGUGUACUUGUGCUUUGAAAAGGAAUCUACAUCACCUAUUGCCCUUAAGAUUACAAAAGAAGGAAGU